GUCAGACCUGUCAGACGAUUGCCACAUAACAAACGGCAAAAUUUUGUGUUCUGCUGCGAGUUUUCGGAAGAAAAAUUUCUCGAUCGUGAAAAGUGCGAUAAUAUUUUCCAUUCGAAAGCACAAAUUUUACUUAAUUUACGGAAAUGGCCGAAACGCCAAGUGAAUCAGGUGCUCCUCAAAGUUUGAACGCAAUGAGGGAAGCUCAGCCAGAUGAAAUUCCUGCCUCGAACGUCCGAUCAAGUUUGGCCGAACUGGAAACUCAAUCUUCGCAGGUGCUGAAUCGCCUUGAGUACGUCAAAGUGGCCCUGGAGCAACAUCAGCAGAAUACGAUGUUUCAGCAAAUGCCGCUAAGUCCCGGAUUUUUACAACCGGACAAAAAACCUUCAGCGGAAGUCCUCACUUCCCUGGAGACGCUCAUAUCCCAGCUUGACAUUGACGAAGAGACGGAUUUUGUGCUUCCUCCGCUUGACGACUCUUCGCAGCUGGCCUCGGUCAGCCACUCUAUUGGUGCUUACCUUUCGGCACUGGACAGGCAACAUCUCAGUCGGAUUGUUUCCAAAGUCGUUACGGACACCAAUCGCUGGCUGAGUCACAUGUUUAGAUACAUCGAUUGUAGCACCAGUUAUUAUCGGGACAGCGCAGAAUGCAUUCUGCACGCCGUCAGGCUGGCCAUAGCGACUCGGUUUCCGGAAUCUAUGGAAAAUCGUCUGACACAACUGCAGGGCGCUACACUUUACAUCUCGGAAGCGAGUUCACUGUUUGCUCUGCAGAACACCUGCCGCUAUGUGGGACUUCCACCGUCGAAUAUCCGGGUUGUGCCUUGCAAUACCUUGUUCGGUGCGCGUGGCACGAUGGAUGCUUCCGAGUUGCAGAAAAUGCUAGCCGCAGAUGUUGAAGCAGGUAAAAUUCCGCUGUUUCUGAUUGCCGAUCUCGGUUCGUCGAUCUGCGGCGAGGUGGACAAUUUGACCGUGAUUCGACAGGUUUGCAGCCUAAACAAUAUGUGGCUGCACUGCCAGGGACACUGUUUGGCAGCGCUGGCCGUGACGAAGGGAACACUGACUGGGAUCAAAGCAAUACCCGAUUCGAUGACGUUGAAUAUUGGAAACUGGCUGGGCAUAACGGGUGUUCCGUGCGUGUUGAUGCACAGACAGGUCCCGGUUACUCUGCUUACGUUGUUUGAUGUGGAUCCUAUUCUUUCCAAUAGGCUAACUGCCAUUGGACUUUGGACAGUAAUGCAAACGAUGGGGGCUGAUUCAAUUAGUGAGCGCAUCUUCAUGGCUUUUGAUUCAUGCCGACAUAUUUACGAAGUUCUAAGUAGAAUUGAAGGGAUUAGAAUUUUGAGCAAAGCACCCAGACAGGAGGCAGGAAAAUCGUUCCGAGCAUUGUUAAGCAAUCCGAUCAACUAUUGUAUCUUAUUCGAGACAGCCGUCCCCGUUGUAGUGUUUCAGUUCGAUGGAAGCAGUGGCGAGCGGGAGGUGAACGUCCUCGAUGCCCCAACGGGUGCUCCUCACAGCGGCACCAAUACCGACGAUCCUCCGAAAAUCGAAGGAGUAACAAAAGUCACCGCCGUUGAUCCCGUCAGCAAAUCGAUUGAGAAAAUAUCCAAUGCCUCAUACUACGACCGGUUGAACGGGUGGCUUGGUCAGAUUUUGCUUCGCGACUGCUCACAACUGAAUUUGGAAAUCAUCAACCAUCCAGUCUACGGAACGUGCAUUCGAUAUUCACCGUUUGCUCCUGGAUAUGGAGAGCUGCUUCCAUUGACCGAAGUGAUCGAAAACGUUGCACAGUUUAUCGAUGCACAGAUUGAGAUUCUGAUGGCAACCGUCAAACACAAGAGUCGAUUCAACAAACUCGUAGAGGAAAGCCCGGUGCUGCGACUGAUCGAACUGAACGAUUGGGCUGGUCUUGGCAGCGUACAUUACGUUCCGGAAGGUUGGGAAACUCUGCUAACUGACCAAGCGAAAACUGAGCUCAAUCGUUUGAACACGGCGCUGGUGGAUAUGCUUAAGGCUCACGAUGGUGCAUUUUCUCUUGGCGAAGGUAGUGAUGGGCUUAUUUGUGUGAGGUUUGGAAUGGUCACGAACGAAACAGAUGUGGAGGAACUGCUCGACCUAGUCAUCCAAACCGGUCUUAAGAUUCAAGAGAACUCCAAAAUUCUCGACACCAUGACGGAGAUUUUGAAGAAGGGCAUCGAAGCCGCUGAAACCGAUCUUCAGCGCGAAGCCGAAGAAAAACUAUGGCAGGAUGGGAUCUUGCGGCAAGUCCCACUGGUUGGCCGAGUCGUAAAUUGGUGGUCUCCACCCGCAAAAGAAAGCGGCGUCAAGGGAAGGAGCCUCAACCUGACUCAAGGGGUCGUUGAAAGCACGGAAAACAUUUACAAGUACCAUAUGCAAAUGUCCGCGAAAGCGAAUCAGUUGAAGGGAAAUAAGAAUCCUCCCACCCCUCUUGUACAAACGCCGAUCAGUGCCGACGGUACGAGUCUACAUUCCAGAAACGCAAGCUCCAGCAGUCAGCAGUCGAGCGUCACUGUUGAUAAGCAAACCUCUCAGCAGCACAACGGACAGCCGGAAGUGGCCCCUGCAUGACAAGGAACAGAAAUGGAAAGAAACGGAAGGCGACGUUCCCAGGUUCUAAUUUGGGUGAGUACUAACACUUGUCCAAUAUAUUACCUUCCCCGUGCUUGAAUGUUUUGCUUUUCUUGUACAAAAAA